AGAUGCAGUCUGUGACUAAUCCCCUGAGGAUAUAAACAAGAAAAAUGUCGAACGAUGAGGUGCCCAGUGAAGAAAUAUCCAACGAUGUAUUUAACGAGGACGGAGGGGAUAACGGCUGCAUAAUUGAAAACAAGGACAUUUCCUACGUAAUCAACUGUUCCAAAAUUCGUCAAUUAUUGAGUGUGGUUUGCAUUUUUAUAGUAGCGGUGACUAUUGCUGUUCCAGUUGAAUUGCUCCGAAAAAAUGAAUGUGAUCCAACACCCUGUCUUAACGACGGAACUUGUUUCGACGGAGUUAACAGCUACCUAUGUGACUGUAAAUCCGGAUUUAGAGGAACGAAUUGUGAGGAAGAUAUCAAUGAAUGUUUGGAAGAUCCAACAAGUUGUAUGGCGAAUGCAUAUUGCUUGAAUAGGUACGGAAGCUUUGAAUGUGACUGCGAAGUUGGCUAUGAACUGGUGGAUGGCGACGAACCAGCGUGUGUCGAUGUAGAUGAAUGCAAAAAUGUUAAAUGUGCAAAUCACGCCACGUGUGAAGAUAAAGUGAAUGCGUACGCAUGUACUUGUAAUCCAGGCUACAGUGGUAAUGGAACGACAGAAUGUUUAGAAUUAAAUGAGUGUGAAUCGUCACCCUGUGUUUCAAAUGAAACCUGUACUGAUGGAAUAAAUGGCUACACAUGUGACUCAGGUGGAGAGACUGGACCAACUUGUGAUACAGGUAUGCCUCCUUUGGACAUUUGGUAUAUUAUUGAUCGAUCUGCGUCCAUGGAUGGACCAACCAUUGAGGCGGUCAAAGAUUUUUUGCUUAAACUGAGUUCUUGGAUCUACAAACAUCUAUCCCGAAACACCUGGAUUGGCGCCGUGUCAUACAAUGAUAAGAUACAUCCUGAAUUCGACAUUGGACCGAGAAGUUUGUCCUCAUUAAAGUUAGAACUGAAUGACAUCCCUAAUACAACGGAGAUGGGAGACUACACUCAAUCGGCAUUAGAGUAUGCUAGAACUAAAAUCGAGUACCUUGACCGCGAAAAAAGAAGGCAGAUAAAUACAAACUUGAUUAUCCUGUUAACCAAUGGAGCAACAAAUGUAAAACCAUAUGUGGCUAAUGAUUCCACAAUCCAAGACAAAUAUUCCCACCUAGCUAUUACGGAAGCUGCAAAACUGAAACCAGAUCUAGAUUUGAUGAUAAUAGGAUUGCCUCACAAGGUGGCCCUCAGACUGGUGCAAAGUGAAGAUGUAAACCAAGCGCAACUAGGUCGUGCAAUAUUAGAUGCUGCAAAAAAUGAAUGGAAUGCCAUGAUAAAGGCGGUGUAUCAAUCUGAUCGAGCAAAGUUACACAGCAAUAUUUUCACUUUGAAUUACGUUAAUGAAUUGCUGCAGCUGGAUGUAUUUGGGUACAUCUCGCAGGAAGUAUGCAGACUGGCGUCAAAGCGAAAAAAGCUGGGGUCAAGAGCAGAGUCAGUGGGUCCGCGGUAGUAGAACCAUACUAUCAUUUGAUACGUAUCGACAAUCGACGACCAUCAAGUCACUUCAAUGAUUUCCAUUCAUAUCCAUAAGCAUUGCUAUGGAACCGGAUCAUUUUUGAGUCUCUAGAAUCCGGAUGUUCCUGCGUCAAAAAGGGAUGCCAACAUUAUGAAGCAUAUUGACUCUAGGGUUGUGAGAAUACAUUGCCAACCUUCGCCCAAACAGUAUUAUUCGAAAUACCUUCUGGUGGCAAAAGACUAAAAAGUGCAUUUAGUAGCCUACCAUUCAUCUUUGUUACGAAAUGCUUUACAGGACAAAUAUAUUCAUUGUAUGUACUAUAAACGUUUAUGUA